CAAAACUUUUUCAACAUGGCCAGCACACCGACGCAAAAGAAGGCCCUGCAAGACGGGGUCACUGAGACCACCGUGACUGGAACGGGUGGUCAUCCAUGCCCUGUGGUUGAGCUGCGCCGUGGUGAUGCCAAAGCCACGGUCCACCUGUAUGGUGCCACUGUCACCUCCUGGACCAUCAAGAGCGAAGAGUUUUUGUUUCUCAGCUCAAAGGCGGUACUGGAUGGCAAGAAGGCGAUUCGCGGAGGCAUCCCUCUCGUCUUCCCCGAGUUUGGCGCCUGGAAGCUCGGACCCAACCAUGGGUUUGCUCGUGUCUCCCUGUGGGAGCUCUGCGACUCGGGCACUACUGUGGCCGGGGAUGUGACAGCCACUUUCCGCCUGACAGACAAUGAGGAAACGCGGGCCAUGUGGCCCCACGGCUUUGAGCUCCUCUACACCGUGGCCCUCAGCGAUCAUCGCCUGACGUGCACGCUUCGCAUCCGAAACACCGGCACGGAGGCCUUUGGCUUUAAAACCCUGCUCCACACUUAUUUCCGGGUGCCCCACAUCUCCAAGGUGGCCGUGCAUGGUCUACAGGGUCAUGUCUACCGCGACCAGGCGGAGGACAUUACCAUUUAUAUGAAUGCCGUGGGUGCGACCACAGUGCGCAAUGUGGCACGCUCGCGUCCGGUCACGAAGGAAGAUCACUCGUCAGCCACACCUUCCACAGACAUGCUGAUUGCCAAGGCCAAUUUGCCCGACACUGUUGUUUGGAACCCCUGGAUUGAAAAGGCCAAGGCCAUGGGCGAUCUUGAUGAUGAGGAGUACAAGGAGUUUGUCUGUGUGGAAGCGGGGGCCGUGGCCCAAGAUCAGCUGCUCCCAGGCGGUGAAAGCAUGGAGUUUGGCCAGGUCCUGACCGUCAGCCGCCGCCGCUAA